UUUCUAUUUAAUUACACACUAUCAAUUUAAAGUAUAAUUUUAUUAUAUUGUAUUUUUUUGUAGAUUAUGAAUAACACAAUUCCUUCAUUAUAUCUUCAUUAUAUGUAAUUUUUAAUCCAAUGGCACAUAAUAUUAGAUUCUGUCUUCGUUUUCAUAGAUACCUUAACAGUUUUGCCAGAAAUAAAAAAUUUUCUAGAUUCUAUUCUGUCCUUCCAACCUGUAAAUCCGCCUUUACAGACCCUAGUACGAGAUAUACCAAUUGUUUUGUUUUAUCAAAAAGUUCUGAUUUUAAUCCUUUGAAGCUUAUCGGCAAUCGUUACUUUUCAAAAGAUCUAAAGGUUAUUAAUGUUCCUACUCUGGGUGAUUCUAUUAGUGAGGGUACCCUGACCAAGUGGGCCGUUUCAGUUGGAGAUUACUUAAACGUUGAUGAUCUAAUAGCUGUUGUGGAGACCGAUAAGGUCUCAGUCGAUGUUAACUCUCCAUUUUCUGGAGUUCUAACCAAGACUUUUUCGAAUACGGGAGAUACAAUCCUGGUUGGAAAGCCACUUGUCGAAAUUGAUUUGGCUGGCAAACCUUCUGACAAACCGCCAGAAAAGAAAACUGAAGAUAAACCACCUACUCCUGCUCCUAGUAAACCUGAACCAAAGUCUCCUGAACCCCCUAAACCGUCAGAUUCAAAGCCAGUAUCUUCUUCUCAAGUCAAACCACCCACUCCUGUACAAUCUAAACCACUACCACCACUUGAAAAGGCUUCUUCUUUGAGUAUGGUUCCACCAACUCAAGUCCCAUCUUCUGAUUUAGAACCUGAAACUAGAGUCCCCCUGACCAGGAUGCGUAUGAGGAUUGCCGAACGCCUUAAACAUGCUCAGACUGAGAAUGUUAUGUUAACAACAUUCAACGAGUGUGACAUGAGUGAGUUAACGAAGGUCAGGAAGAUGCUAAAUGAGUCUGGCGAAGUUUCAUGCAAACUUGGAUUCGUCUCUGCCUUCAUGCGUGCAUCAACACUUGCGCUCUUAAAGAUGCCAAUUAUGAAUUCAUAUAUUGAGGGGAAUGAAAUGGUUACAAAGAACUAUGUCGACAUUUCAGUCGCUGUUGCCACUCCCACGGGAUUAUUAGUCCCGGUGAUAAGAAACUGUGAAUUUAAGAAUUGGGAAGAACUUGAACUUUCACUUCUGGAGAUGGCUAAGAAGGCCAGGGAGGGCUCUAUCACCAUCGAGGACAUGACUGGCGGCACUUUCACUAUCUCUAACGGUGGCGUUUACGGCAGUCUCUUGAGCACUCCAAUAAUCAACCCUCCUCAAUCUUCGAUUCUAGGGAUGCAUGCAAUUACUAAACGUCCAGUUGUUCGUGAUGACAACAUAGUAAUAAGACCUGUUAUGAACGUCGCUUUGACCUAUGACCACAGACUUAUUGACGGCAGGGACGCCGUUACUUUUUUGAACACUAUUAAGAAGUUUAUAGAGAACCCAUCGCUUCUUCUGCUUAAGUAAAAUUUGAUUUACACUUCAUACCUAAUUCAUCUAAACGCUAAUAUCAACAAUAGUUAA